AUGGGUCAGAGCUGGGCCCUGCUGGACGCGGCAACCUCCCCCCACCCGUUUCCCGGCGGCAGCCGCGCGGCGACCGGCGGCGCCGAGGCCCGAGCGCGGCGGGGACGCGGGCGCGCCGCCCCUCCUUUGUGUCCCCCAGCCCCCCCGCGCCCGGCCCAGAGGGGCGGAGGCUCCGCGACUGCGGUGCCCGUCGCACGCGGCCCGAGGCCUAAGCCAGGAACAAUCGGCCGCGGCGCGCAGUCGCCGCCAUGUCCCCCGCCCUCACCCCGCGCAGCCCGCCCCGCAGGAACAUGGCGGCGCGGCCGCCGCUCCCGCCGAGCCGGCCCGGCCCUCCAGCGCCGCGCUCCCGGCCGGUGGGCGGCCGAAGGCGCCUCCACGCCGCCGCCGAGGCCGCCCGGGCCUGCUCCGCGGGCCGCGGAUCGGGAAGUUGCGCGCCCCGCCCGAGGGCUGCCCACGCGGGUAACAAAGCCCACGCGGGGUGGGGGUGGCGCCCAGGCCGCGACGCCCCGAGCUCCCGCGCCCGCCGCCGUCCGCCCGCGCACAAAGUUUGGGGGCCGCGGGCUCCCGCCCCCGCCGCGCCGCCCGCCGGCGCGCAGGUACCUCGUGGGCGCGCCCCCUCCCGGCCCGCGGCCUGCCCCAUGUGCUGCCGCCGCCGCCGCUUUGUUCUGGAGGCGCUUUAACUCUCGCCCCCGAGAGAAAGUUUCCCUGCCGGGGCCCCCGCGUCCCGCGUGCACCCCGAGCCUGGAGGGGGCGCGGGCCUCGCGCGUCUCCUCCUCGAGGGGCCAUUGUGUGCGCCGCGCGCCCGCCCGGCCGCCCGCCGGGCCGGCCCAGGCAGGACCCGCCCCGGCCCCCGGCCACGCCGCCGCCGCCACGCCGCCCCGGGCCGCUCCGCUCCGCCCCGCCCGGCCGCCCUCCGGCCCCGGGCCGCACACAACAGGUUUCCCUCCGUCGGCGGAGGGGCGGGCAGACUCACCGGGAGGAGUAGCUGCCACCAUCUUCGCCUCGCCCGCCGCGGGCUCUCGCUCCCGCCUCCCCACCCGCCUCCGUUUUACUACGACCGGAGGCCCCAGGCCGGGGGUGCGGCCGGCCGGCCGGCCCGCCCCGCGGAGGGGCUUCGCGAGGCGCGCGAGCAGCGGCGGCGCGGCGGGGGUCGUCCCCACCCCCUCGGCCUCGCCCGAGGGCGCGAAGUGGCGCGAAGGCGCAGGUCAGGCGGCGGCGGCGGCACCUCGAAGGACCAUGUGGCAUAAAAAACAAAGUACUUCCGACCUCCCCGCCCGCCCGCCAAUCACCGCAGGCCCCGCCCACGGCGCUCGGGCUGGGCGGCCGGGAGAGCGGGAGCCGGGAGCCGCUCGCGGCGCCGCGCUGCCUUCCCCGGGCCGGGCCGCGCUGCCCCGCCGCCUGCCCGCCCACGCCGCCCGCCUCGCGGAGCGCCUGGCCCGGGCACCCCGCGCCACGCCUCCGGCACGCCCUCCGUUAACUAGCUCUGCGCGCGUGCGGACCCCCGCGCGUCGCACACCCUCCUGGAAGCGCACGCUUCCUGCGGCUUCCUGA